AUGGUGCUCCAAGACGUAGAAAACACAGCUCCAGAGAGCUUCAGCGACAAUCCCAGCCCCUCCGACAACGACCCAUAUGCGUCCCCAUCAUCGCCUCCGCUCGCAACCGGCGAGCGCUUCGACGCCUCCUCCAUGCCCCGACCCAUACCCCUCAUCGGCCCCUUCAUAGGCUUUUCCGAACGCGCAAUCCGCUUCAAAGCCGAUACAACUCUCAAAUUCGCCGAGAAGAAACUCGGUCGCACUUUGCACCCAGAGGAGGCGCAAGCUCUUGCCUUCCACAUCUACAAGCUCGAAAAGAGCAAAAGUUACUACGCUGCGGGCGGUGCGGCGGGUGGAGUCUACAGGUGGUAUGCGACGAUGAGCACGUACCAGUACCCGUUCUACAAGCCAAAGGUCGAGAGCAUUGAUGUGAACAAAUUUGGGCCUAUCAAGGGCCCCGCGGCGAAUCUGGCAAGGCAUACGUGGAGAUUUGGAUUGUAUGCGCUGGUUGCGGGCCAGAUGGGAAACAUCAUUGGACAGCUGAUUGCGCAGCCUAUCGCGGCAUAUGAGACGAGCGUGGAUCCGAAGCUGGAGCAGUUUGGGGCAGAGAUCAAGGCUGCAAGUGGGAGGGAUGACAGGGCGAAUGAGCAGAGGGGCAGAAUGAUUGAGGAAAGGCGGAAGGAUUUUGAAGCCCGGAGACGACAGGAGGGAACAGGCGGCAUGACACCACCGUACGGUGGCAGGGGCCAGGAACGACGACAGCCACCACCGCUUGCGGGUGGGGAUGGAGAUGACAUGAGUCCGACGGCCGGAAACGAGUCGUGGGGUUCUUCUUCAUCGUCUUCUUCUUGGGGCGAUGACUUCCCCUCAGAUGCAUCACAGCCUGCUUCACAGCGACAGCCCGCGCCUUCAACCAACGCCAGAAGUCGCCGUCAACCUGCCUACCAAUCCGCCCAGUCGUCGUCCUCAUCCUCGCCUUUCGACGACGAUGCCUCACCCACAGGCGGUCUCUUCCAAUCCGAAGCCGCAAACGCCGAGACCCAAUCUUCCCGUCCUGGUGAAUCCUCAUGGGACCGUCUCCGCCGUGGUGCUGGUAACUCCUCGUCAUCUCAGGGCACCUCGCAGCAAGAGCGAAUCCAGCGAUUUGCAUCAGCGCGCCAGAGCGGUGCCGAGGGCUCGACAGUGGGCGACAACUUUGCUUUCGUCGAGGGCAGAGAGGACAGGGACGUCGAGCGGGAGAGAGCGCAGCGCGAGUUUGAUGAGCGCCUCGAGAAGGAGAGGAGGGGCGGCGACUUCAACGAAGGGAGCGGGAAGAGAUGGUAG